UAUUCAACUUCCACUACGGCAGAGAGAGAGAGAGAGAGAGAGAGACAUAAACUAUAUAGACCUUAUCUGUUUUUUUCUAAACCAGAAAAGACGUCCCGUUUACAACAUUCACGUUAAAGUUCAAGCUACGUUCAUUACGCUAUCCGUGGUGCUGAGAAGAUAAAGGAAGUCAUGGCUGUGUUGCCUUAAACUGGAGGUCUGUUUCUACGCCCCCAGACGUUAUUUACACACCCGCAAACUCUCCCAGAGCUUCAUUCACCGCCAGGAAGAGACAGGACACACAGUCUUCAAACUCACAACCUACAAACCCCAAACCCCGCAAAGGACUGAGAGGAAAACACACAGUCUUCAAACUUACAAACUACAAACCCCCAAACCCCGCAAAGGACUGAGAGGAAAACCUGGGUGUUAGCAUGUUUAACAUCACCGACCACGGUUACUCUGAAGCGGACGGACAACGGCUGAAUUUGUGCUAGAGAAGGUCAUGAUGAAGAUCCAAAGCGGUAUAAGUGUACAGUCAGACCCGGGAAAGAUGGAAUCUAACUUAAGUAUUGCUGUAUGCUUCAGCUACGGCAAUAAGACAAAUCCGCAUGUGAAAUGUCCUUUCAAGCUGGCAGAGAUGGUGCUCAUCAUUCUGGGACUGAGCUCUUUGAGUCUGAUUACAGUUAUCGGCAAUGUUCUGGUCAUUGUCUCCAUCAAGGUCAAUAAGAGCCUCCAGACAGUUAAUAACUAUUUCCUCUUCAGCUUAGCAUGUGCAGAUCUCAUCAUUGGUGUGUUUUCCAUGAACCUCUAUACAAUCUACAUUGUGAUUGGCUUCUGGCCUUUAGGGCCCGUCAUCUGUGACCUGUGGUUGGCUCUUGACUAUGUGGCAAGCAACGCCUCUGUCAUGAACCUCCUCAUCAUCAGCUUUGACCGCUACUUCUGCGUCACCAGGCCGCUUACCUACCCAGUCAAGAGGACGACCAGGAUGGCGGGUAUGAUGAUCGCAGCUGCCUGGAUCUUGUCCUUUGUCCUGUGGGCUCCAGCCAUCCUCUUCUGGCAGUUCAUCAUGGGUGAGCGCACAGUGCCCAAAAGCGAAUGUUACAUUCAGUUCUUUUCCAAUGCUGCAGUCACUUUUGGCACGGCCAUUGCUGCAUUCUACCUACCUGUGGUCAUCAUGAGUGUGCUGUACUGGCAGAUCUCCAAGGCUAGUCGCAGCCGAGUCAGGAAGAAAGACUGCCACAAAACGUCUGGGGUUAGUCAGGAGGGCAGGAUUCAGGCCACUGUCUUGGCCACUGAGGAGAACAGACAGAAGAAGGAAAGCAAGGAAGCAGAGGAUUUGCAAGUACGGCACAUUUGUUCAAGCACUAUUAUAGGUGAGGACAGGGAGAGUGAAAAUGACUCCACAUCAUUCAGCAUCUUGCCCUCAUCCGGUCAGAGAGAGGACGCGGUUUCUAAUGGUGACGUUAAGAGCACUCAAACGAAGACGUUGCCUCAAGUAAGAACAAGCCAUGCCAAACUUACUUGUUUGGGAAUUUCAUCCCAAGAAACCAAAGGCAACAGUGCAAAUCAGAACACCAGCCAUCACAAGGAGAAACAGAGUCUGGUGGCCCUGAUCUUCAUGCCUCCAAACAAGAAGAAAAGGAAAAACGGGUGCUCCAGAGAGAGGAAGGUUACAAGGACCAUCAUGGCUAUUCUUUUGGCCUUUGUGAUCACAUGGACCCCUUACAAUGUCAUGGUGUUGAUCAACACUUUCUGCUCCCCCUGCAUCCCUAACUCCAUGUGGGUGCUGGGCUACUGGCUCUGCUACAUCAACAGCACGGUUAACCCCGCCUGCUACGCCCUGUGCAAUGCCACCUUCAAGAACACCUUCAAGCAGCUGCUGUUGUGCAAGUACAAAAACAUUCGCACAGUCAGAUAAAACAUGCAUGGGUUUUGCAUGAAAUUAAUGAGUUUAAUGUAAGAUUUUGGUUCCAUAUCCAAAAGUCUCUGAGCACUCUUGCUGGAACAGUUUUUUUUUUUUAACAGAAAACAGUGAUGGCAUUAAUAUGCACUCACACCAUGAGAGGGACAUGUCACAUUCAAGUCACAUUCAGUAUGCGGCUUGGAAAUGAACAGGGCUGAAAAGCUGGAGGUACCCAGUGGAAACAAUUACAGCUUUGUAAAGGUUGUGUCAGUAUGACUUCAAAUAAAGCUAGACGUUACCAAAAACAAGAGAAAAUUAACCAUUUGAGAUCAUAAUAUGGACUAGAAUAAGUUGAUGAGAUUGGUCAUUCAAUCAUUCAUUCAUCUUCAGUAACCGCGUUAUCCUGGUCAGGGUCGUGGUGGAUCCAGAGCCUAUCCCGGGACCUCUGGGCAUGAGGAAGGGACGCCAGUCCAUCGCAGGGCACCAUGCACACACACACACAUGGGAGGAAACCCACACAGAUAUGAGGAGAACAUGCACAGACAGUAACCUGAGUUUAGGAAGGAACCAGGGAACUGGAACUGAGAGGCUGCAACUCUACCCACUGCUCCACCAUGCCGCUACACUCCACACACUUAUUCAAAACUCUGGAGCCUUGACCUAAUGCACGUAAUGUACUGUAGCACUAUUCUUAGAUAAAAUUCUGCUGAUAAAUAAAGAAUGCCAUGCUUUGCUCAAUGAACUAAUGUAUACAGUAUUUAUGGUUGUGUUUCUAUUUUCUUUGAAAAACUAAUAUCUUUAUGUGUUAUCAGAGGAUCCUAUCUGAAUUGUUGUGGCUAAUACGUCUAAGACAGUUUUAUGAUUUGCGUGUACAUUUGGCCUCAUUUAUCAAGCUGGAUACCAGUGUAUUUAUUCAACAAGUCGAACUCGAUGCCUCCACCACCAACAAGUCUAGUGCUUCUUGUUACUAAUUUGUACGCCAGAAAUACCCUUAAAAUAUUCUUCAAACGUAGAGGAUGCUAUUGAAGAAAAAGUAUUUCAGACAUUUGACCUUGCUGUGACCUUGACCCUGUUUGGAUCAAGUCCAAAAAAUUUGAACAGUUUAUCUGCUGGUGACAAUAAUAAAUCCUACAAACAUUCAUCCACCCGUUCUUGAGAUAUCAUGCCAAAGUAUAAUGCCUCCCACAGUCAGUGGCUGAGGAAUGAAGAAAAAUUCACAGACGUGAAUCCUGAUUGAUUGGCUUCAAACUGUAUAAUUAGAUGAGUUACUACAAUUUUAUAUAUGGAUUAUAUUGACAAGUUUAAAAUCACUUAUUUAUUUUAACUCCACACACGAAUUUAGUGAAAAUUCUAUGAAGUUGUUUCAUAUUAUGACUUGAAAGAAAGCAAUCCAAAAUAAAUCCAUGAAUAAAGACAAAUAAGAACAGCUCUUUAAAACUAAUAGCAUGUUAUAACAAGAGGAAGAGUUAGUGUGUGUCUGCGGUAGCCGGGGUGCUGCGAUGGCUGAGUGGCAUUACUGGAAGAUGUACUGCAUGCCGCACGUAAGAGACGCAGUUUCAGCGUUUAAGCGUUUUACCUUUAAUGGAGUUUUGUGCGCAUCACAAAAUGUAACUCAGCUGUGCCAUGAAGCACUUUGCACUUUACGGUUGAUUGGCAUUUUUUGUAAACCUGGUGGGGAUUCUUAGUUCGGUUUGGCGUACAAGAACAUUUUACACACACUUUACUAAAAGAAUGAUAAAUGAGCCUCAUUGAUGUUACAUACUGAGAACUCCUGGAGAUAUUUUUUUAAGUAGCAAUUCACUUUUAGCUUUGAUGCAUCUGUCAGUGCGUAAAUCCUUGAACCAUUUGAAGCUGGAUUUAAAAUAUGUGCCAUAUAAAUCCUUGGCUCAGCUGGGCAUGGAUAAGUAGGUCUAAAGGCAAAAAAAAAAAAAAACAUUUAAAUAAAAUUUCAUUGAAUUUUUUUUUUUUUACAUUAAAAUCAUAGCUCCAAUUAUAAUGCAAAGUGGUAAAUGAUGUGUAGUGCGAGUGUGUGCUACCAAGUCCAGAACUACUAUUCACAGAUUGUGAAGGAGUAAAAGGACAAACCUGAUUUUCCUGCUCACUACCGCGGUGUUGUGCAAUUAAAGUAAAUAUACGAGAUGCAAAUUUUUUAAUCAUCACAGCUGUUCGGAUACAGACAUAUCUGUGCAUGUAUAGCCUUAGAUCAGCUCAGCUUGACUACAUUUACAUUUUGUACACAGUGCUAACACCAUACAGCUAUGUACUUAAUGAGCUUUCUGAAUGUAACAUGGAUUAAUAGCUGCCACGUUUCAGAAGGUGAUUAUUCUGAACUGUUCUUGUUCGUGUUCAUAAUGUUCAGAUAACAGAUGUAAAAGUCCAUCCACAUGAGAAUGGAUGCAAAUCAGUAUUUAUCCUAACAUCAGUUAUAAACAUCAGUCCUUUGACAAUGAUGUGAUUCGCUGUUUUCAAUAAAUUAUAAAAAUUUGCUUA